GAUGGUGGGCGGACAAUUUGUAAAGCCGAAAUAUGAGAGAACUGAACGGUGGCGGGUGAGGGCACACGAGAGAAAAAGAGCUGGCAAUGCGCGUUGAACUGGAGAAAAAAAUCGAAUUGCUUAGAACGGGAUUUCUCAAAGUGGGAUGAUAAAAACUUGAUCCUCGUUUGCCAAUUCCAGUCAAAACUUCACUGAGCGCGCACACCGUCCAGCCACCAUGGACAGACCUCUAACCGGAGGGGCUCUUUCAAUCUGAACACUUUACUGUACAUGGGAAUGAGAUAAUAACCAACAUUACAGUUGGUCGAGGGUGCCUUUGACAAUGUUGAGAUCCUGGUUAUGUAUGCUCAGUCUCUUCUGGACUUUAUUCAUCUGCACCGUGCAUAGAUGUUGUGCACAAGAAAAACAGGGCUACCUGAUCGCCGCUCCCUCGGUGUUCCGCGCGGGCGUGGAGGAGGCCCUGAGCGUGACCAUCUUCAACGCGGCGCAGGAGACCAGGGUCCAAGUGCAGCUGUCCGUGAAGGGCGAGACGGUGGCCUACAGCCACGGCACCGUGCUGGACAAAGGCACGAUCAAACUAAAGGCUCCUCCAGGGUUGAGAGGCCAGGCCCAUCUGAAGGUGUGGGGGAAUCGCCACAUCACCGAAGGAGGCUACAUCUUCCACAACUACACCACAGUCACCGUGGACAGCAAGGGAACAGCGGUGUUCAUCCAGACAGACAAGCCCAUCUACAAACCCAAACACAAAGUGUUCGUCAAUGUAUACUCAGUCACUCCUGACCUCAGGCCGGCCAAUGACAAGAUGGAGGCGUAUGUCGUGGAUCCGAGAGGAUCUCGAAUUGUCCAGUGGCACAAUCUAAAACCCAUCUGCUGUGGCAUCGUGAACAUGAGCUUCCCUCUGUCGGACCAGCCAGUGUUUGGGGAGUGGUUCAUCUUUGUGGAGAUGCAGGGCCACACCUACAACAAGUCUUUUGAAGUCCAGAAGUACGUGUUGCCCAAGUUCGAGCUGGUGAUCGAACCCCCUCGCUACAUCCGUGACCUGAACACGUGCGAGCAGACCACCGUGACGGCCAGGUACACGUUCGGGAAGCCGGUGACGGGCAGGCUGACGGUGAACCUGACGGUGAACGGCGUGGGGUACUACCGUCACGAGGUGGGACUUCCUGUGGCCAAGACCAUGGAGAUCAAAGGUUCCGCCACGUUCAGCCUGUGCGUGAAGGACAUGAUGCCGCUGGACGUGGCUGACCACUUCCGGGGGACGGUCCACAUGUGGGUGACGGUGACCAGCGUGGACGGAGGGAAGCAGACCAUGUUCGACGACUCCACCCCGGUUCACAAACAGCUCAUCGACAUCAAGUACUCCAAGGACACCCGCAAACAGUUUAAACCCGGCCUGCCGUACAAGGGAAUGGUGGAGGUGACCUAUCCAGACGGCAGCCCGGCCGACGGCGUGCGUGUGCGCGUCAAGGCGGAGCUCACCCCCAAAGACAACGUGUACACCAGCGAGCUGACCUCCAGGGGAGGCCAGGCCUCCUUCGAGAUCCCCUCCAUCCCCAACGCUGCCCAGUACGUCUGGCUGGAGACCAAGGUGACAGCCAUUGACGGCAGGCCAGCGGGAGACCAGUACCUGCCCAGCUACCUCUCCAUCAGCAGCUGGUACUCACCCAGCAAGUGCCACAUGCAGAUCCAGAGCCCUAACGCUCCUCUCAAGAUUGGCCAGGAGGCCGAGCUGUCUCUCAUGUCCACCUGUCCCUGUAACGUCACGCUGCACUACGAGAUCGCGUCUCGGGGGAACAUCGUCCAGUCCGGCCGGCAGCUGAGCAACUCCACAGCGCACAGAGGCAGGAGGGCGACGGUCACCUUCGACAAGGACGUCCACACCACUCUGCCCCCCUCCGGCCCCUCCUCCCAGGGGGAGACCGACAGCUGCGUGAUGUCCCUGCGGUUCCCCGUCACCCACGCCAUGGCCCCCCUCAGCAGGCUGCUGGUCUACUACGUGAGGGAGGACGGCGAGGGCGUGACCGACAGCCUGCAGAUCCCCGUGCAGCCCAGCUUCGAGAACCAGGUGUCCGUCUCCCUGUCCACCAACGAGUCCCUGCCCGGAGACCCCGUGCGCGUGCGCGUGCGAGGGGAGCCGGGCUCGUGCGUGUGUGUCGCCAGCGUGGACAAGAGCCUGUACCUCCUCAAGCCGGACUUCCAGCUCAGCCCAGAUAAGGUGUUUAAGGAGCUGGCCGAGUUCGACGUGUCGGACGCCUUCGGGGUCCCCAAAGACGACGGGCACUUCUGGUGGCCCGGGCUGUCAUCGAGGCGACGGCGGCGCUCCUCGGUGUUCCCGUGGCACUGGGACAUCACGAAAGACGCCCGCUUCGCCUUCACGGAAACAGGGCUGGUGGUGAUGACAGACAGGGUGAGUCUCAACCACAGACAGAGCGGAGGGAUGUACACAGACGAGGCCGUCCCUGCCUUCCAGCCCCACACUGCCACCCAGGUGGCAGCCAUGCACACACACACCGUGCCCAGAGCAGAGAAACGCAAGCGGACCUUCUUCCCGGAGACCUGGGCGUGGCACUGCCUCAACGUCAGUGAUGUCACCGGGGAGGCCGAGUUACGAUUGGACGUCCCGGAUUCCAUCACCACCUGGGUGACCGAGGCCAUUGGCUUGUCGGAGGAGAAGGGGCUGGGCAUGGCGAAGAGGGCGGAGCUUCGUACGUUCAAGCCCUUCUUCGUGGACUUCACCCUGCCCUACAGCGUGGUCAGGGGGGAGCAGACCAAGGUCCCUCUCACCGUCUACAACUACCUGCCCUCCUGCGCCGAGGUCCACGUCAAAGUGUCUGUUCCCAAGGGGAUCAAGUUUGUGGGGCACCCUGGGAAGCAUCACCUGACCAGGAAGAAGUGCGUAGCACCUGGGGAGGCCACACCCACAUCCAUAGUGCUGUCCUUCACUGAGCUGGGAGCAGCCAACAUCACAGCACGCGCCAUAGCCUACAGCGAACCCUCCUGCUGCUCAGAAGGCUUCCAGUCGACCAAAUCAGGCAAUAUCCCGGACGACCUCGAUGAACGGAGGACCCCCGCGGGCUUGGACUACGUCCGGAGGACCGUCAUGGUGGAGCCCGAAGGCCUGCCUCGGGAGUACACCUACAGCGUCUUCUUUUGCCCCAACGAGCGCAUCCACAUAUCCACCCCCAACAAGUACGAGUACCAGUACGUGAAGAAGCCCUCCAAGAUGACCCUCUUCCAGGUGGCUGUGAAGACCCACAGCGACGCCCACUUGGCCCUCUCCCCCAGCCCCCACGACAGCGCCGACAUGCUGGAGGUGGUGCUGGGCGGCCGGCAGAACACGCGCUCCUGGAUCUCCCUGGGGAAGAUGGGCGAGGCGCUGGUCAGCGCGCCCACCCCGGGCAUCCUCUCCUGGGAUGAGUUCCGCAGCUUCUGGGUCAGCUGGAAGGGAGGCGUGGUGCAGGUGGACGGAAGAAAAGUCUUCUUCUACUUCGAUGAGAUCUCCAGUCAGUGCAUGACGUGUGUGGCCUUCCAGGCGAUCAGGGAGUACAUAGUGGGCAAGACAGCACCUGUUCCUGUCAAGAUCUACGACUACUACGAACCAGCGUUCGAGGCCACUCGCUUCUACAACGUGAGCGAGACGAGUCCGCUGGCCCGGGAGCUGUGUGAUGGGACGACCUGCAACGAGGUGGAGAGUUCAACCAAUCAGUGGACUUUUUCCCCUUCCCCAGGGUUUGUCCAGGGGAACCAAUGCAACAACGUGUAUGGCUGUCUGGAGGAGGAGCGGUUUGAGCGUUGCACCUGCUACAGGGACUGCGGUUACGACGGGGAGCCUGUGUGCGGCUCGGACGGCCAGGUGUACCAGAGCCUGUGCCAGAUGGAGGUGUCAGCCUGUCGCAACGGGACCCGCAUCGAGCAAGUGCCCUUGUCCCAGUGUCCCCAGAUGGAAUCCGUGGUGAAGGACAGUGAGCCGGUGACAGACGAGCAAGCAGAGGCCGCUCCAAUCUCCAUACACGCAGUUGAGGAGGAGCCGGGCUCCAUGGCCGAGAUGUCCUACUACUCCUAUGAGUACGACGCAGACUCCGAGCCCUUCGCCGUGGACGGAGAAGACCAUCUUGAGCUGCCGGUGGGGGAGCAGGCAGGAGAGCAGGGGGGGCCGGCAGACAGCCAGCUACCCCCGCCGGACACGAUAGACACCCCUGAGAGAUGAAAGCGCUCCCUCGCCCAGCUCCAAGCCGCCGCGACAAAUUGUACAUUGUUUGUGAAUAUGUUAAAGUGAGCCGAGGAAGAGGAGAGUGGGAACUGUCCAGGCCAAAAGGAAGAUAUGGUGGGAGUGUGUGUGUGUGUGUGUGCGUGAGUGUGGUGUGUGUGUGCGUGUGUUUGUGUGUGUGAGUGUGUGUGUAUGUGUGUAGGAGAGUUUUGUUACCUCCAGGCCUCAUUCUUUACCUUUCUUAUCAUCGGUUUAUAUCAUCCCAGGCCUUACAAACAUAGCUUCUUUGUUACCCUGUGUAGUGUCUUUAAUCUACUUUUAAUAGUCAAGUAUUUAUGUUUGUAAUUACAACUGAGUUUAAACUUUUUUUUUUUUUCUUCUUUUGUAUCUGUGGUAUUUAUUUUUAGCUAGUGUAUUUGUUUUUUUUAUUUGCCCUUUGAUUUGUCAUUGACCUUUGCCCUCUUCCACCCACUCACAGUCUUAUAGCAUGUCAAAUAUGGCAAGAUAUAUGGAGCACAUUUAUCUAAUCGGAGAAAGAAACACGAUAUAUUUCUGUACGUUUAUUAUAGAGUUAAGAUGCUGGAAAGAAAAAGACAGACUACUAUUAGUUUUUCCUUGAGACAGAUAAGCUCAAAUACUUUUUCAUUUCACACUACCAAGCUACAAUCAUCUACACACAACACAGGGAUAAUAUUAUACAGCUGUUACUUUACUGAGCAUACAGGGAUUUGAUUGUGCAGUACAUAAGCUAUUUUGUUUUUGUAAUACGUUUACCCAUGAAGCGAUUCACCCUAAAGUAAGAAUGAAGUUCGGAAUUCCUGUAAAUGUACCAAAUUUGAUGUAGCCAACCCCCCCCAUCCUUUACAGUGCUUUUGAAAAAUACAAGAAUAAACUGUGUAUACUAU